AUGACGGUCCCGCGGAGGGGAGGGUACGAGAGGCGGGACCAACGUCUUCCCCGCUUCUCGGCGCUGGCGAGUCCGGGACUAGGGCUGGAGAGAUCGCCGGGGAGCAUCGUCACCACUCCUGCACGGAGCCUCGCCUGGCCGAAUACUGCACAGUGCACACGUCGGGAUUGCAAAACAUUCCUGAGAAAUAUACCUGCUAUUUAUGGCAUGUGGCUGGUAACUUUACUCCUGCUGUAUUCUUUUCAAGAAGUGCACAGCGAGGAUGUGGUCUCGACGCGGCUGUACUUUGUGAAUGCUUCCCUGCAGAGAGUGACCUUCUCCAGCUCAGUGGGGGUGUCCCUGCCCUGUCCUGCGGGUGGCGCCCCCCAUGCCGUCCUACGCUGGUACCUGGCCACCGGCGACGACAUCUACGACGUGCCACACAUCCGCCAUGUUCACGCCAAUGGCACGCUGCAGCUCUACCCCUUCUCCCCCUCUGCCUUCAACAGCUUCAUUCAUGAUAAUGACUACUUCUGCACUGCCGAGAACCAGGCCGGCAAGAUCCGCAGCCCUAGCAUCCGUGUCAAAGCAGUGUUCAGGGAACCUUACACGGUUCGCGUGGCGGACCAAAGGUCCAUGCGGGGCAACGUGGCCGUCUUCAAGUGCCUCAUCCCCUCUGCUGUGCAGGAGUACGUCAGUGUGGUGUCCUGGGAAAAGGACACUGUCUCCAUCGUCCCAGGUAACAGGUUUUUCCUGACGUCAUAUGGGGCCCUCUACAUAUCUGAUGUUCAGAAAGAGGACGCCCUCUCUACCUACCGCUGCAUCACCAAGCACAAAUACAGCGGAGAAACCAGGCAGAGCAAUGGGGCUCGUCUGUCUGUGCUGGACCCCACUGAAACCCCGCCUUCUGUGACGGACAGUUUCCAGUCAGGAGAAGUACAAGUGGGGCGAAGCAUAGAGUUGCCCUGUAUCGCCGCCGGUUACCCCAACCCCACCAACUCCCGCUGGACACGGCGAUUGACCGGCCUCACAAUCAGCGACCUCCGUCUGGAAGACUCUGGAAACUACAUCUGUGAAGUCACCAACAGCUUUGGCUCCAAAGAGGUCACAGGACACCUUAAUGUCAUCGAGCCUCUGAGAGUCACAUUAUCCCCGAAGAACCUGAAAACAGGCAUCAGCAGCACAGUGAUUCUGUCCUGUGCCGUUCAGGGCUCGCCCCGCUUCACCAUCUCCUGGUUCCGCAACACAGAACCCAUCGUGCCUGACCAGCACUUCUCCAUCCAGGGAGCCCACAAUGAAACUCUCUUCAUCACGGCAGCCCAAAAGAGACACUCAGGGGCAUAUCAGUGCUUCGCCACACGCAAGGGUCAGACCGCACAGGACUUCUCCAUCAUACUGCUUGAGGACGGCACCCCACGGAUCAUCUCGUCUUUCAGUGAGCGCGUAGUAGCCCCUGGCGAGCCCUUCUCUCUGCAUUGGCCAUUCAAAUCUUCAGUGUCCCACCAUCCAUUUGUUCGUACACCCCUCCAUCCUCGUAUGCACACACCUAUUACACCACAUUCUCUGCUGUGUGAAGACCAAGAGCAUUCUAACCCCCUCCUCCCCCUCCACCACUCGCUCUUCUCCUUUCUUGCUCCCACAUCUCUCCCUUAUAUACCCCAAAUAUCCAUGCAAAACCGGGUCUCCCAUCUCCCUCUCAUUCUCAAAUCCUUCUCUCUUACCCUUUUCUACCUGGCAUAUUCUCCCUCUUUUUUGUCUUCCUCUCUCUCUCUCUUUCUUUCUCUUUCUUUUCUCUCUCUUGCAGGUCCUCCCAGUAUCCGGGCCAUGCGGAAUAUCACAGCUGUGGCCGGUCGCAACACUUUCAUUAACUGUCGUGUGAUUGGUUACCCCUAUUACUCCAUCAAGUGGUUUAAAGACGGGACAACGCCGUUGCCAGACAACCAUCGUCAGGUGGUGUAUGAGAAUGGCACUCUGAAGUUGAGUGAUGUGCAGAAGGGUACGGAUGAGGGGGCGUAUCUGUGCAGCGUGCUCAUCCAACCCCAGCUCUCCAUUAGCCAGACUGUCUACGUCACAGUCAAAGUUCCUCCCCUCAUCCAGCCCUUUGACUUCCCUCCUACCUCCAUCGGUAAGCUGAUGUACAUAGCUUGUGUGGUAUCCUCCGGAGACAUGCCAAUCCGAAUCACCUGGAGAAAAGACGGGCAGGAGAUCGUGUCAGGAACAUCAGGAGUCACCAUCGAAACCAAGGAGUUCAUGAGCUCCCUUCAGAUCUCUAAAGUUUCGUUGCAGCACAAUGGAAACUACACCUGUAUUGCCAGCAAUGAUGCAGCAACUGUCAGUUCAGAGAGACAACUCAUAGUAACAGUUCCCCCUGGUUUUCGGGUUCAGCCCAAUAACCAAGAUGGGAUCUACGGCAAGUCAGAAGUUCUGAACUGCUCUGUGGAAGGGUACCCUCCUCCCAAAGUUGUCUGGAAGCAUGCCAAAGGUAUAGGGAACCCCCAGCAAUACCAUCCAGUUCCAUUGACGGGUCGCAUCCAGAUCUUGUCCAAUGGUUCUCUGCUGAUCCGCCAUGUUUUAGAGGAAGACCGGGGAUACUACCUGUGUCAGGCCAGCAACGGAGUGGGGUCCGACAUCAGCAAGAGCAUGAUGCUCACUGUUAAAAUUCCAGCUAUGAUCACAUCCCACCCAAACACUACCAUGGCCAUAAAGGGGCAAAACAAGGAGUUAAACUGUACCGCCCGAGGUGAGUACCCCAUCAUCAUUCGCUGGGAGCGAGGCGACACCGUUAUUGACCCUGACCGCAACCCUCGGUACUCCAUCACUACCAACCCCAACGAGAAAAGCGAUGAAGUUAUCUCCACAUUGAAGCUGAAGCCAGCGGAGCGAGGGGAUUCCGUCUUUUUUUCCUGCCACGCCAUCAACUCAUACGGCGAGGGCCGAGGGCUCAUCCAGCUGACAGUGCAAGAACCCCCUGAUCCCCCAGAGCUGGAGGUUCGAGAGGUCAAAGAUCGCAGUAUGAACCUGAGGUGGACGCAGCGGUUCGAUGGCAACAGCAUCAUCACCAGCUAUGACAUCGAGUACAAGAACAAAUCUGACCCAUGGGAGCUGAAACAUGCCACCCGUAAGAUCUCGCCCACCAACAACCAGGCCAACAUAGUGGAGCUCCACCCGGCGUCCGUGUACAGCAUUCGCAUGUACUCCUACAACAAGAUUGGACGCAGUCAAGCCAGCAAAGAGCUGACCAUCAGCACAGAGGAAGCACCUCCUGAUGGGCCACCCAUGGAUGUGAUUUUACAGCCAAUGACCUCUCAGAGUAUUCGUGUGACCUGGAAGGCACCUAAAAAAGAGCUCCAGAAUGGAGUGAUCCGUGGCUAUCAGAUCGGUUAUAGGGAGAAUGGACCGGGCAGUAAUGGACAGUACAGUAUCGUGGAGAUGAAAGCCACAGGUGAUAAUGAGGUGUACACCCUGGAUAACUUGAAGAAGUUUGCUCAGUAUGGUGUGGUGGUCCAGGCAUUCAACCGAGCCGGAACCGGACCUUCCAGCUCUGAGAUCAAUGCUACAACACUUGAAGAUGUUCCCAGCCAGCCACCCCAGAAUAUACGGGCCAUCACGGUGACAUCAGACGAGGCGGUGAUCACGUGGUCCGAGCCCCCACGGAUGACCCUGAACGGGGUUCUGAAGGGCUACCGUGUGGUGUUCUGGUCCCUCUACCCCGAUGGAGAAUGGGGAGAGAUGCAGAACAUCACUACCACUCGUGAGCAGGUGGAGCUGAAGGGUUUGGAGAAGUUCACAAACUACAGCAUUCAGGUCCUGGCCUACACACAGGCAGGAGAUGGCGUCCGCAGCAAUGUACUCUACAUACAGACCCGAGAAGACCACCCCGGCCCUCCAGCUGGCAUCAAAGCAGUGCCAUCCUCUGCCACCAGUGUGGUGGUAUCCUGGCUUCCCCCCAUCAAGCCCAAUGGUAUCAUCCGAAAAUACACAAUUUACUGUUCCAGCCCUGGAUCGGGCCAACCGGCACCCAGCGAAUACGAAGCCAACCCUGAGCUGCUGAUAUACAGAAUCACCCACCUGACCCGGGGUAAGCAGUAUCUGAUCUGGGCAGCCGCCGUUACCACUGCUGGUCGAGGAAACAUCAGCGAGAAGGUGACUGUGGAGCCUGCUGGGAAAGCUCCUGCUAAAAUCCUGUCUUUCGGAGGAACGGUGACCACUCCAUGGAUGAAGGAAGUCCGGUUGCCGUGCAGCUCAGUGGGAGAGCCAACACCCACCAUCAAAUGGACCAAAGACAGUGAGGACACCGCCAUCCCAGUCACUCAAGAUGGUCACCGGAAUAUUCUUUCAAAUGGUACCCUGGUGCUGCGCUCUGUGAAAGCCGAGGAUUCUGGGUACUACACCUGCACGGCCACCAACACACUGGGGUUUGACACAAUCAUCGUAAACCUGCUGGUGCAAGUGCCUCCAGAUCAACCACGUUUAACAGUUUCCACCACGUCCACGUCUUCAAUCACUCUGGCUUGGAUCCCUGGAGACAAUGGAGGGAGUUCCAUCAGAGGUUUUGUGCUGCAGUAUUCAGUAGAUAACACUGAGGAGUGGAAGGAUGUCUUCAUUAGCUCUAGUGAACGUUCUUUCAAGUUGGACAACCUGCGCUGUGGUACCUGGUACAAAGUCAAACUUGCUGCAAAAAACAGUGUGGGAGCUGGUCGCAUCAGCGAGAUCAUUGAGGCCAAGACUCACGGCAGAGAGCCACAGUUCAAUAAGGACCAGCCCCUUUUCACUCACAUCAACUCCACCCAUGCCCGACUUAACCUGCAGGGCUGGACGAGUGGCGGCUGCCCCAUCACUGCUGUCCUGCUAGAGUUCCGCCCCAAAGGCACCUGGGCCUGGCAGAGUGUCCGCACCAACGCCUCAGCUGACAUCUUCCUUGCCGAGUUGCGUGAGGCCACUUGGUAUGAGCUAAAAAUGAAGGCGUGCAACAGCGCUGGGUGUGGAAACCAGAGCUCCCAGUUUGCCACGCUGGAUUAUGACGGCAGCACUAUUCCGCCUAUUAAGUCAGCACGAGGGGAAGGGGAUGAUGUUAAAAAGCUUUUCUCUAUCGGCUGCCCUGUUAUCCUGGUCACGUUGGGCAUGGCUCUACUCUUCAUUAUUCGCAAGAAACGCAAAGAAAAGAGACUCAAGAGACUUAGAGAUGCUAAGAGCUUGGCUGAGAUGCUUAUCAGUAAGAACAAUCGAAGUUUUGACACUCCAGUGAAAGGCCCACCUCAGGGACCUCGACUGCACAUAGAUAUCCCCCGCGUGCAACUACUCAUCGAGGAUAAAGAGGGAAUCAAACAGAUAGGUGAAGACAAGGCCACCAUCCCUGUGACGGACACGGAGUUCAGUCAAUCAGUGAACCCUCAAAGCUUCUGUACGGGUGUGUCUGUGCAUCACCCCGCCCUCAUCCAGAACACAGGCCCAUUGAUUGACAUGUCAGACAUCAGGCCGGGCACCAAUCCAGUAUCGAGGAAGAGCGUGAAGUCUGCGCACAGCACGAGGAACCGCUAUUCCAGCCAGUGGACUCUGACUAAAUGCCAGGCGUCCACACCUGCUCGCACUCUCACCUCAGACUGGCGGACAGUGGGCUCCCAGCAUGGCAUUACGGUCACAGAGAGUGACAGCUAUAGCGCCAGUCUGUCCCAGGACACAGAUAAGGGACGAAACAGUAUGGUGUCCACAGAGAGUGCGUCUUCCACAUACGAGGAGCUGGCCCGAGCGUAUGAACAUGCUAAGCUGGAGGAGCACCUGCAGCACGCCAAGUUUGAGAUCACCGAGUGCUUCAUCUCUGACAGCUCAUCUGAUCAGAUGACCACCGGCACCAAUGAUAACGCGGAUAGCAUGACCUCUAUGAGCACACCAUCCGAACCGGGCAUCUGUCGCUUCACUGCCUCCCCGCCCAAACCGCAGGACUAUGAUCGCGGCAAAAACGUGGCAGUGCCCAUUCCCCACCGCGCCAACAAGAGUGAGUACUGUAACCUCCCCCUCUACAUGAAGACAGACCCUUUCUUCCGGAAACAGGCAGAGCUGCACGACCCCUGCCCUGUGGUCCCACCCCGCGAGGCCUCCAUCCGGAGCCUUGCCGCCCGGGCCUACCAUACACAGGGCCGCCACAUGACAUUAGACCCCUCAAAGCAGCAGGCCCUGACACUGAGCCACGGUGGCCUGAGCAGCCUGACCAGCUCAGGGGCCUCUGGUACGUUGGGCCCAGCUUCAAGCGGGGCUGCUGGAAGCUCCAGCAUCAGCUCAGGCACGGCCACCCUGCCCCAGAGGACUCUCACAAUGCCCAGCACCUCCUCCACCUCCUUGGCCCCAAGCGGGGCAGUCGCCGCUGGAGCAGGAGCCAGCACGAGCUCCACGGGAGGCAACGGCCCGACGCCUGGCAGUUCCAAGGUCGGGGGAUCCAGAGACUCUCUGCUAGAGAGCAGCUCAUCUGGCCUGGGCAGACUGCAAAAGCAGAAUGCUGGGGCGUACUCCAAAUCCUACACUCUGGUGUAGCUAACACACACACACACGUAUACACAUACAGUACGUUCACACACACAUCUGGAGUCUGGGCAGGGGCGGAAAUGAACAAUGGCAGGACAGGGGUCUCUCUCUCUUUUCCUCUCGGUUACCUUUUUCUGCAUUCCUUUUUUAUUCUUCUGCUCAAGCUUUUUUUAUCUGGCCUUCUCCAGGAAAAAAUAUGCCAAACCCCAGGACCUUUUCCCCAAUUUUGCCUUUUUUUUGUCUUAUGUUUUGUCCUUCUCUCUUGCUUUCUUCCCCACUCUCCUUUCACUUCUCUCUGUCAAAGACACCUUGGACCUUAUGCACGAAAUGCUUUCCAUGUGCACUUGUUCAUUUGAUUUCUCAACUUCAGAAAAUAGGAAAAAAAACGAUUUUAAGAGAUGUAUUGUUUCACAUUAACCUGUCUAGAUGUUUUUAGGCUGUCAAAAAAGGUGUCUCUUUUUAUGUCUCUCAUACUGCAACGCAUUGCCUCGGAAAGCUUAUGCAUAAACAAAUCCACCACGGUGUCCACCUUCCGCCCCUCCUGAUCCACAAUGGUCUGGAAAAACAGCUCGAAGACGAAAGUCUCGACCGCCUGAAUCGAGUCUUUGGGAUGUUUUCAUGCAAUUGAUGACAAGUAUAGAGUGUUAUUGACUAUUUUGUAAACAAACAACAAAAAAAAGGUGAAAAAAAAAAUGUUUGGAGCCAUUUUCACUGCGGAUGUAUGGUUACUGUACUUUUAUUUUUUUGUUCCGUUUUCUAUUUUUGGCAUUUUGAACUUUAGCACUAAGGAGGGCUGGGUGGAUCCACAGAGCUUUCUCAAGCUUGUGUACGUGUGGUGUGUGUGUGUGUGUGUGUGUGUGUGUGUGUGUGUGCGCGCAUGUGUAUGUAUAUGUGUAAAUAUACAUGUAUACAUGUGGCCAGCACACACCUUUAAAGGACCUCUCAACCAGGCCUGCACACUUGGUCUCUUGGCAUCACAUCGGCUUGGAGAUGCCAGAUGCCGUCCACUGAGCUACAAGGUCUAGAGUCCAUAUGAAAAGGGGGGACAAGUUGGAGAGAGUAUUUAAAGGGUAGACGUAUCUCCCUUCUCAUUAUCUCUCUACUCCCUUCGAUAUGAAAGAAAGGCUCUUUUUUUUGCUGUUUGUUCGUUCAUUCGAUUGUUUGUGAUUGAUGCUUAUCACCCCUCCUUCCCCACCCAGACCUCCCCCAAAAAGGUUACCACUUCCUCUGUCUCACUGUGAACGCCUAACAGCCUCUCCUGGAUGGACCAAGCGCAGGCAGAAAGGCGGGAAGAGGGCAGAGAGGUAGCGAGGAAGUAGAGGCAGACGGGCCCGUGAAUGGAGAAAGAGAGAUAUCUGCUGUCGCUGUGUAGCUUUUCUGUGUUUGUUCAUCGUUUCUCUUUAUUCUUUGCUUUCCUUCCCCACACGAAGACUCUAACGGUCGUUCCUAUUCGAAGGUCUUAGAGACUCUAGACUCUAGCGCAGGGGUGGAUUAAGGAGGGAAUAAGUGAAAUGUAGGAGGGGAAGGUUUCAUUCAACCCUAAAUGGAUCGAAAUGCCUUUUAACCCUCCUUCGUUCACUCGGUUCCCAAAGCAAAGCCCCAUCACAGAGAAACUUCCAAAAAUCAACAAACUCUCCCAAUGAUUUCAAUGGAAAAAAAGUACUACAUCAGGGCUCCUGCAAUACAAAAGAAAAAUAUAUUGCAAUGUUUGUUGUCAAAAUAUAUACAUAUAUAUUUCUAUCUAAAGAUAUAGUAAAUAUAUACGUGGUGAGAGCAGAGAUUUAAUGCCAUAUCUAAUUGAAA